CGGCGCGCGCGGCCGCUGGCUGGGAGCUGGCGCGAGCUUGGCCACUAUAGGACCUUGUGCACGCGGAGCAGCGGAGACCGGGGACGAUGCUGCGGGUGCGGUGUCUGCGCGGCGGUAGCCGAGGCGCCGAGGCGGUGCACUACAUCGGCUCUCGACUUGGAGGAUCCUUAACAGGAUGGGUGCAGCGAACUUUCCAGAGCACCCAGGCAGCGACAGCUUCCUCCCAGAAUUCCUGUGCAGCUGAAGACAAGGCCACCCAUCCUCUGCCCAAGGACUGCCCUGUCUCCUCUUACAAUGAAUGGGACCCUUUAGAGGAAGUGAUAGUGGGCCGAGCUGAGAAUGCCUGCGUCCCUCCAUUCACAGUGGAGGUGAAGGCCAAUACAUAUGAAAAGUACUGGCCAUUUUACCAGAAAAAUGGAGGUCUUUAUUUUCCCAAAGAUCAUCUGAAGAAGGCUGUUGCUGAGGUGGAAGAGAUGUGCAAUAUUUUAUCAAUGGAAGGAGUGACCGUGAGGCGGCCUGACCCCAUCGACUGGUCACUGAAGUAUAAGACUCCUGAUUUUGAGUCUACAGGUCUAUACAGUGCAAUGCCUCGAGACAUCCUGAUGGUUGUGGGAAAUGAGAUUAUAGAAGCUCCCAUGGCUUGGCGCUCACGCUUCUUUGAGUACCGAGCAUACAGGUCACUUAUCAAAGACUACUUCCACCGCGGCGCCAAGUGGACAACGGCACCCAAGCCCACAAUGGCUGACGAACUGUAUGACCAGGAUUAUCCCAUCCAUUCUGUGGAAGACAGACACAAAUUGGCCGCUCAGGGAAAGUUCGUGACGACUGAGUUUGAGCCUUGCUUUGAUGCUGCUGACUUCAUUCGAGCUGGAAGAGAUAUUUUUGCGCAGAGAAGCCAGGUUACAAACUACCUGGGCAUCGAGUGGAUGCGCAGGCAUCUUGCUCCGGACUACAGAGUACAUAUCAUCUCCUUUAAAGACCCCAACCCGAUGCACAUCGAUGCCACCUUCAACAUCAUUGGCCCUGGUCUUGUGCUCUCCAACCCUGACCGUCCCUGUCAUCAGAUUGAUCUUUUCAAGAAAGCAGGAUGGACCAUAGUUACUCCUCCAACACCAGUCAUCCCUGAUGAUCAUCCCCUCUGGAUGUCAUCCAAGUGGCUUUCCAUGAACGUCUUGAUGCUAGAUGAGAAGCGCGUGAUGGUCGAUGCCAAUGAAGUCCCAAUUCAAAAGAUGUUUGAGAAGCUGGGCAUCAGCACCAUUAAGGUUAACAUUCGAAAUGCCAAUUCCCUGGGAGGAGGCUUCCACUGCUGGACCUGCGAUGUCCGGCGCCGAGGCACCCUUCAGUCCUACUUUGACUGAGCAGGCGUGGUGUGGCUUGGGGCAUAGCCGCAGAUAUACCUAAGAAGCAGCAAGGCCCUUCUCUCUCUUUAACAAAUGCAUGAACUGUAGUGCUUUGAACAAUCACAUCUUUAACAGGGUUCCCAAGCCUGAGUUACCUUUUGUUGACGUAAGGAAGAUAACUUUUGAUAGGUCUUACUUUCUUCUCCUAAAGUUAUUUACUAUUUGGCUUCAAAUAUAAAAGUUGAGUAAAUGUACCAAGGCAAAAAUUAGUCAUUUGAGUAACUUGGCCGCUAAUAUUUAACCAUCUACCUCUGUUUUUAAUUUUCUUUCCUAAAGGCAGCUUGAAAUGUCGGUCCUAACCUUGUCUUUUUUUUUUUCCUCUUUGGUGGACUUGUGAAUGUUCAUAUUACUUCUUUUUUCCCAAAUGGGACAAAGACUUAGGCAAAAAACAUGGAUCCUAAGUAAAAUCAAAUUAUUUGUCUCUUUUUCUGAAAAAAAAUAAAUUUGGAUUUUUAAUUUUUUUAAAUAACCUAUGCAAACACUGAAAAAAAAAUGAAGCAGCUUUUCCAUGAAUGCUUUUAACAUUCUUGUGUCAACAUUUGAUACUAAACUCUCACCUCUUACCUCAUCUCAAAUGGAUUAUCCUUCCUUCUGUCCUUCCUUCCUUCUGUCCUUCUUCCUGUCUCCCUUCCUUCCUUUCCUCCUUCAUUCAGAGUAGUGCUUAGUGUGACAGAGUGAAACUUGUAGUUCCCAUUCCUAACAGCUGAUGUUCAAUAUCUAACAGGUGUAAUGGCAUCUUUGGUAAUCUAAGACUUGUUUACAUAUUUGCAAAUUAUUUAAGGCAUAGAGUUUUAAAGCAUUUUUUAAAUACUAAUGCAGGUUAAAGAAAUACAUGUGACAUGAAAUAAUUUUAAUGUUGGAUAUUGUAUUUGUAUUUUUAUUCUAAUAAAAUUUUGUGUUCCAGAUUGGAUUUUA